AACCAAUGAAAUGGACCCACCCCUCCGAAGAAAUCCGCCCGCUCGUUUUAUCCCGAUUGGUCGAGCGCGCGAAAGUCGAGCGUGUUCUGAUUGGCGGCGGUGAGGAGGCGCGUUCCACGGUCUACGCGGUUUCCGCGUUUCCGCCGGCAGAGAGCAGGUCGGUCCGGCGUUCCCAGAACCGACUCGGGUAUUCCACUCGUCGUCUCUCCCUCUUUGCCGUGGAUCCGUCUCUCCGCCGCAGUCGUCCACCGAUAUAAGUGCGAUUGUGAUUAUUUUCUAUCUUCCCGAUCUUCCCUCGUAUCGUUAACGCGACGAGUGCGUAAAACGCGGCUGUAAACAAUGGCUGAUCUGCAAGAGAACAAGGACUUCAGUGAGGACGUGGCGGAGCAAAAUUUCGAGAAGAACGGCGAGGCCGAGAGCGGCGGUGCCGGCGGCGGUGGCGGAGACGCCGUGGAGAAUGGCCAGGACUCGCAGGAGGACAGGAAAUUGUUUGUCGGUGGCUUGAGCUGGGAAACUACUGACAAGGAAUUAAGGGAACAUUUUAGCACAUACGGCGACAUCGAGAGUAUUAAUGUCAAAACAGAUCCCAACACGGGAAGAUCGAGAGGUUUUGCCUUUAUUGUCUUCGCCAAGGCCGAAGCUCUCGAUAAGAUUAUGUCAGCUGGGGAUCAUGUCAUCAACAACAAAAAAGUCGAUCCUAAGAAGGCGAAAGCUAGGCAUGGAAAGAUCUUUGUUGGUGGUCUCUCAACAGAGCUAUCCGAUGACGAUAUCAAGAAUUUCUUCUCACAAUUUGGAAAUAUUGUCGAAGUAGAGAUGCCGUUUGACAAGACAAAGAACCAGAGGAAAGGUUUCUGCUUUAUUACGUUUGAAUCUGAACAAGUGGUCAAUGAACUACUCAAGACACCCAAACAGACCAUCAAUGGAAAAGCCGUAGAUGUAAAAAAAGCGACUCCCAAGUUGGAUGGCAUGGGUGGGAUGCGCGGAGGGAUGAUGGGCCGAGGUGGUAGAGGAGCUCGUGGCGGCCGAGGUCGUGGAUUCGGAGGCCAAGGCGGUUGGGGACAGGGCUACGGAGGCGGUUAUGGCGGUGGCUACGGCCAAGGCGGCUACGGCGGUGGGUACGACGGUUACGGGGGAUACGAUUACUACGGCGGCGGUUACGGCGGUUACGGUGGUUAUGAUUACAGCGGAUACGGUGAUGGCUAUGGCUAUGGCGGUGGUAAUUACGAAGGUGGCUACGCGGGCGGGCGUGGUGGUGUACGCGGUAAAGGUGGCUCAGGCUAUGGCGGCAAGCAAAGAGGAGGAGGAGGUGGUGGUGGUCGCCAAAAUCAGAGGCACCAGCCGUACUAACGAAAAUCCUCACUCGCGAAAGCAGUGCAAUCGCGUUGUAACCGCUGGUACUCUUCCUCACUUCUACCGAUCUCUUCAUUCGUCCAAUCAUCAUUCCAUUAAGCCGCGCCCCUCCUAGCAAGAAUUUCGAC